CGCUGUGGUCGAGUGAAUUCAGUAAGUGGUGUCGUUUUGGGUUCCAUUUUUUUGUUUCCAUUUCGAUGGGCGAUGAGAAGUCGACAAUUGUGAUGGCCAAUAGAGACAGAGAAAGAGAUCGUGAGCUUCUCAUUCCCGUCGCCGACUCUGUUAACGAUGACGCCGCCUCUAAACCCUCCUCGUCUUCCUCGUCGUCGCAUCACACGGGCCGCGAGACGUUUUACAAGGUUGUUAGGAGUUGGGCUUCAAAAAAGUUCAUGACUGGAUGUGUUAUCCUGCUGCCAAUAGCUAUAACAUUCUAUAUAACGUGGUGGUUUAUUCACUUUGUGGACGGCUUUUUCUCUCCCAUCUAUGCUCAUCUUGGAAUUAAUAUUUUUGGUCUGGGAUUUGUAACUUCUAUAACAUUCAUCUUCUUGGUUGGGGUGUUCAUGUCAUCAUGGCUGGGUGCAUCUGUCUUGAGCCUUGGGGAGUGGUUUAUCAAAAGGAUGCCUCUUGUUCGGCACAUAUACAAUGCCUCCAAGCAAAUAAGUGCCGCCAUAUCACCAGAUCAAAACACUCAGGCUUUCAAGGAAGUGGCCAUCAUAACGCAUCCUCGUAUUGGAGAAUAUGCAUUUGGGUUCAUCACUUCAUCUGUUGUCCUCCAGAAUUAUUCCGGAGAUGAGGAGCUAUGCUGUGUGUAUGUUCCCACAAAUCAUCUUUAUAUCGGUGACAUAUUUUUGGUCAACACCAAGGAUGUUAUUAGACCAAACCUUUCAGUCCGGGAAGGCAUCGAAAUUGUUGUCUCUGGAGGUAUGUCAAUGCCACAGAUUCUGUCAACGGUGGAUUCACGCGUCCUAGGAGGAGAUAGAAGUAGGGCUUGACAGAAGCUGAGAUCAAAGAAAAUAGUUUUAGGCCUACACAAUGGAUUAGGAUGGCAAUGUGAGAACACAAAUGGAAUAUAUGUUUACAAUACUAGAAACUGAUGGCAUUACGUGAUAUAUUUCAAAAGCCGGUAGCAAUUUGAAACCA